AUAAAGAUCCAAACUUUUCUUUUUUUGGGUUGGGUUGAAACCCCAUGGGAGAGAUGAUGUACAAGCUCUUCGCUUCGGCGUCUCUGCUGAGCCUCGGAAUCUACCAUCUCAUCUGCUGUUUCUGCCAUUUGAUCAAGAGUCCUCAGUCGUACUCCGCCAAGCCUUUCCACGGAUUUUCCCGUCUCUCCUCCUCCCCCACCACCCAUCACCGCCUCCAUAACCUACCCUUCUUCCUCCUCAUCCUCUCCCUUGUCUUCGCCUUCCUCCACCAAACCCUAGUUUCCUUCUACUCCGAUCCUCUUGUCCAAGGAAGCACUCCCGUCCACCGAUUCUCCUCCCUCAACUCCGCCGCCGUCUUCUUCCUCUUCCUCCUCCUCGCCCUCUUCCUCCUCCUCUCCGAGUCCUCCUCUUUCCUCCCUCUCCCCUCUGACAUCUUCUUCGCCCCCGCCUCCGCCGCCUUCUUCCUCCACUACUCCGCCGCCUCCUCCGCUGCCUCCGUCCAGACAUCGGAUCUCCAGGCCCACUGCGACUCCCUCUCCGCCCGCAUCUCCGCCCUCUGCUCCCUCCUAUGCUUCCUCCUGGCCUGCCGGCCCAGACUGUUCGCGGCCGAUGCCGCCCUCGCCUCCGCCAUUUGCCUGCAGGGCCUGUGGCAGCUCCAGACCGGACUCUCCCUCUACGUCGAACUCUUCAUUCCCCAGGGCUGCCACCGUCUGCUGGACGUUGAGGGCAGCGUGGAAGGGUCCACCAAGUGUGAUCUGCAGGAGUCGAAGCUAAGGGCCGUCGCCAUCUUGGAUCUAAUGUUUGCCCUUCACGCCGUGCUUGUCGUGGUCAUCUUCUUUGUCACGUACGUGAUCGUCUCCAAGGCCGUGGGGAUACGGAGAAUGGGUUCGUACGAGGCUUUGCCCACCAAUUCUACAGAUUCGAAUCACAUUCAGAUGAAGGCUUUGACUGGCACCCAAGCCUGAGGUUUGCCUUUCAAGAUUUAGCUUCUUUUUGUUUUUUGUUUUUUGGCUGUUCUACUGCUAUAUGCGCACUGUUCAAACUGCUGAGAGGGUGUCUGUGCUCUGUGCCAUUUGUCACUCACUCCAGUUCAUCAAAGUUUCUUGCUUUGCAAAAGGGUUUUCAA